UUUAUUAUUGCAUAACAUUACCAAAAAAAUUACAAAAUUGAAUGAGAAUAAGAUGUCAAAAAGGAGUGGUUAUAGAAAUGAAGAAGAAAUGUGUAGUUUAGUGAUGAUGGCAAAGCAAGUAAAGAUGUUAGAGAGAGGGAGGGAGAAAAUAGUCAAAGGAGCAGCAGAGUGUUGCAGCGCAGCAGUUGGUAUUUGUAUUUUGGUAAUGAUUUCGUGCGGAGAAGAAGAUCAGAUGCCUCGUGAUAUUCCUUUUCUUUUCAAUUCCCUUUUGCUUUGCUGCAUUUCCUCCCCCUUCACACAUAUACAUACAUACAUAUAGAAUUAUAGAUAUACCUCUCUCUCUCUACACAGUACUUUCACUAGCAGGAAUUUUGCAGCUGUAGCUGUGCUGUGCAUACUCCUCUUCCUACCCUAUUUAUUUUUUCCACGCCUUCUCCUUCUCUCUCUCUCUCUCCUAUUUAUGAAUUUGAUUAUUUAAACUGGAUUGGGGUCAGAAGAGGCGAGAAUUCCUUCCUUUUGUUCCCUUCGAUUAAAGCAGGUCGCAAUUGAAGUAUCCCAAUCCUCAGGUGCCACAAAAUCAAAUCUCCCUCGAUCGAGAAUCAGAAUGGGUAGCGGUAGCUACGGCGGCAUCGGAAGGAAUCAUGGCGUGAGGCAGUACGUAAGAUCAAAGGUUCCGCGCCUGCGAUGGACUCCCGAUCUCCACCACUGCUUCGUCCACGCCGUUGACCGCCUUGGCGGCCAAGACAAAGCAACCCCUAAAUUGGUUCUUCAAUUGAUGGAAGUGAGAGGCCUCACCAUAUCUCAUGUCAAAAGCCAUCUACAGAUGUACAGAAGCAUGAAGACUGAAGUUGCCAGACAAGUUUCAAAUGUGUUCCCAGAGAUGAGCAUUUCACAGCAAAGGAAACACUGUUGCGAUGAACGACAACAGCUGAUGUUUCUCUCUCCUGCAAAAAGAGCGAGAGUGGGGAAAGUGGAAGAAUGCAGCCAAAGGAAUCCGUACGGAGAUGAUGAUUACAUGGGUGAGAAAGUUGGAAUAAAGGAUAAAGAAAAUGAAAACCCUUCUUCUGCCACUACUGCCGAUGUACUGCUCCUGCAUUCUGACUUUUUCAAGUUGCAGAAGGGGAUAUGCAAGAUGGAGCAGUUUAGUAGUGGGAAUGAAGAUGGAUGUGAAUUGUCACUGUGUCUGGCUUCGCACAAUCCAAUUGCAGAUAACCUCCAGAAAAGUAAUGUGUCUGUGUCUUGUACCACUGAGAUCAGUGAUGCCAUUUCUUCUAAUUCUUCCCAUGAAUUCCCUGGAAUAAACCUUGAUCUAUCCAUUGCUUGACCUUCCUUUAAUCAAAUUUCCUUUUUCUUUUCAUUUAUGUUAGUAUUUCACAAGUAUUUGUUGCUUAUUUAUACUGUCUUCGA